AUGACAUAGUCAUUAAAAAAAGAAUUGAGGCUGAAGCCGAAAUAAAUGAUAUUGAGAGAUUAGAAAAAGCCCUAAUCCUUUUAUAAUUAAUUCUGGAGAGAUAUUAAUUUGAUGGCAAGUUAUAUACUUUCUAGGGAAUUAAAGCAGUAUUUUUAUGAUUAUGGAUGUGUGAAUAAUUUAAUGCUGUUAUUAAAUCUAAAUUGGAAUUUUAUAGAAGAAUCCUAAAAAUUCACUGAAUUAGAAUAUAAUAUUAACAGAAUACAAUACCGGAUGGAGACAAAAAGAAAGAUAAACAAGUACAUAUAAUUUAAAUUUCUAUAGAACGAUGACUUGGAAUAAAUUCAGAUUUGAAUUGCAGGAUUGCAAUUAACUUGUUACUUCUUAAAUUCACCAUCAGAUAUUCAAACAUUCUUUAAUGGAAAUAAUCUACCAAUUAUGGUUAUCAUUAGAAUACUUGGAGAGAUUAAUCUUGGACAAAGAUACGAUAAAAAGCUUUUAGAAUAUAAUGAUAAAGGAAAGUCUUAAUCAAUAAUUUAAAGAUAGUAAAAAUGCACAGGAAUGGUUAAGCUAAUGA